AUGAGCAUCGAGUACUCUGUUAUCGUCCCCGCCUACCGCGAAAGAUUGAACAUCAAGCCCUUGACCACCAGACUCUUCGCCGGCCUAGGCCCUGAAAUGGCCAAGAGAACCGAGUUGAUCUUCGUCGACGACAACUCCCAGGAUGGCUCCGUCGAGGAGGUUGACGCCCUGGCGCACCAGGGCUUCAACGUCCGCAUCAUCGUCAGAACCAGCGAGCGCGGUCUGUCAUCCGCCGUGCUCAGGGGUUUCUACGAGGCCAAGGGCCAGUACCUGGUAUGCAUGGACGCGGACCUGCAACACCCUCCAGAAAGCGUGCCCAAGCUGUUCGAGUCUCUGCACGACCACGCCUUCACCCUGGGCACCAGAUACGCCCCGGGCGUCGGCAUUGACAAGGACUGGCCAAUGUACAGACGCGUCAUCUCCUCCACCGCCAGAAUGAUGGCCAGACCUUUGACCGUGGCCUCCGACCCCAUGAGUGGGUUCUUCGGUCUGCAAAAGAAGUACCUCGAGAACUGCAACCCCAAGGACAUCAACUCCCAAGGUUUCAAGAUCGCCCUCGAGCUGCUCGCCAAGCUACCCCUACCAAGAGACCCCAGAGCGGCCAUCGGCGAGGUGCCCUUUACUUUCGGUGUGAGAACGGAAGGUGAGUCCAAGCUGUCGGGUAAAGUCAUUAUCCAAUACCUGCAACAACUUAAGGAAUUGUACGUCUUCAAGUUUGGCGCCAACAACCUUGUUCUGUUCAUCACCUUCUGGUCCAUUCUGUUCUUCUACGUUUGCUACCAGCUAUACCAUUUGGUCUUUUAA